UAUGUGCGUGUGCCUGCCUUCUGAGUGUGUGAGACAAGCUGGGAUCAUGAGCCAGGGUUGUUCCAAGUGGUUUUAAUCAGCAAGCCAUUAGAGGAGAACAGAAAACUUCUAACAGGGUAAGAACCGAAUUGUUCCCGUACCCCUAUGGGAGGGUACUUCCCAAGCCUCUGCUUCUCUGGAACCCGUGACUUCUUGCCAGACACCAGGAAAGUCCUCAGCAGCAGCAAUGGGGAAAACUCUCACUAGUUUUGGGUAAAGUGUGCCUUCGACUUUUUUUACCCUGGCAAGACGUGGCUACUUGGACUGCAUCUGCAAUGUGGCAAAGGGUGAAGUGAGGACAGCAAAGAGGCCAUGGUUUGGGGGCAAGUCCCCAGGUGCCGCAGGCUUUGUCGCCCCCGUCCCUUGCUUCUGGCCUUAGUGGUGGCCAUCUGUCUCUUCUGCCAGACCCUGACUCCUCUCAUGAGCAGCAGCAUCCUUUCGGCAGUCGUUAAUGGGAUUGCACCCAGCAAACUGAAGAAAACACAGCAAGGAAGAUACAAGGAGGUCCCCCCAAGUGGCACUCGCUGCUUCCUCCCUGGCAGUAAUUCACAGACAGUGAAGAAGAUUGAUGACUCCAUUCUCAAGUACUUUGGAAGCCGCACGAGAAGAGCAAUUCUGGUCGCACCUCCUGCCCACCGGGAAACCGACCUUCAGCUCUGUCAGCGCAUCCUGGCAAAACAUGGAUAUACAGUCACAGUCCUUGGAAACAGCAGACUGAUGGAAGAUCCCAGGCAUGCGGGCCCUUAUCACAGUGGCAUAAGCCCUUGGGAUCUGUUGAUCUGCUUGUCUUCCAGAAAAAAUGAUGGUCCUGGCUGCAUCCAAAUAGGUGACUUGCAUCACCUCGAGUUAUUCCAGAAGGUAAAUGUACUUCCAGAAAUCCAGCAAUUCCUUUGCAGAAAAGAGGGAUUAUGCCAGAUAACAAAAGCCUUUUCAGACCUGCAGCUCCCAGUUGUUACCCCAGAGUGCUCCAGCCAGCCUGGGCUGUCAAGGGCCAGCGAUGCAAACAACGUGUCCCAGGACAGUGAAAGCACUUACAAGAUACAUACUGACCAUCUGCAGCACUGGUGGAAGCAGAGGACAAGCUCACAGCUGAAUAAAAUAUCAGCUUCACCAGACCACAAGAAUAUCCUUAAAGCUGAAGACCUUUCUGUCAUCAUCAAAGCAUAUGUACUUGUGACAUCCUUAACACCUCUGCGGGCAUUCAUUCAUUCAACCGCCACUGUCUGGCAUCCACCCAAGAAGAAACACUUUUCCAUAAAGCUGCAGAGAUUUUUUCAGAUAUUCUUCAGAAACAGUUCUCCCCAGCAAGCCUUCAACAACAUGAAGGAAGCCAUAAGCAAACUUCUACUUGUAACUGAGGUCUUCAGUGAAUCAUCUGCCUCAGGACCAAAUUCUUUAAAUCAAUGCAGCCAGUGUUUUCAAAUGCUAACCUUUGAUAUUGGAUUCAGCACCUCCAUAUAUCCAGUAGUUCUCAAGGUGCAUGAAAACUUUGACUUUCAAGAUGAAGAUGAAUCAAAUAUUCAAGACAAAACUUUCAAAGAAUUUCUUUUUGAAGAUACUCUUAAGUUUCUCUUUUCUAAUGAAUCGUCAACAUCCAGUUUCAUGGAAGCUUUACAAAAAAUAUAUGGAUCAACUGUGAGCAAGGAUGGAACUUACCACAGAGAAGAUGAGCAAUGUUUGUCUUUAGAAGAGAUAAAUUCAAUUAUUACUUUCAUAAAGGAGCUGAAGAGUCUUGGACAAUUUGAGCUGCUUUUCCCUUCUGCUGCACCCAGGAUUCAAACUUUAUUACGUGACCUUUAUCACAUGGUAGACCCGAUGAGGCGGCUUGGUUCAGUCCUGACUGUGCACUGGUUGCUUUCCAGUUUACUUGAACAAUUCCAGUUCAUGACAAAAGAGACACAUACGAGUCUUUCACAAUGGAGAAGCAAGAAGAACUCUAGAAACUCAUCUCAAACUAUAAUGAAAUGGUUACAGCCUAGGAAUUCUUCCCAAGAAAAUGCAAGUCCUAAGCAGAAUAUUCCUUCUGACUUCAAGAAGAAUCGUGAAGCAUUACAUUAUUCCAAUAAGACUAAAGAAAGACAAUGCAGUUAUGAUAAAGAUACCCUAUCUCAUAUCAGGCAGAUCUUCACCAGUCCACAGCUGGACUUGAAUCCUCACUUUAACCCAAAGAUCAAAGAAUACUAUGCAGAAGUCCCAUUCGACAUGGUGACAGUGAAGAUAGGAGCAGAACCCUCUAACUGUCAAUGCCAAGUACACCUUGAUGAGAAGAAAGGGCCAAGCUUUGCUAACUAUCCCCUGGGCCUUGGGUUGAACAAAGUCAUCAUUCUCGUAACAGAUGGUUCGCAGCCCAGCCCUCAGGUUGUGAGCAGCUACAAAAUCACAAUUUAUCGAGAGGACCGCCCUAGUCUGCCUUUGUUUGAUGACUAUAUGAUGUGUGGGUUUGUGCAGGACUGUGGUUCUCGAAUUCAUCCAGAGGAGUCUUGUGGCUUGCAGCCUCUGUCUCAUGAAUACCUCUCAGCAAUUUCACAGACGGUGUUUAAGACCUGUGAAGCUGGAGACACAAAAGGGCAGUGGAUUGUCCCUUGCCUCAGCUGCUCUGACAACAGGACCUGCGACUGGAGAGCAAUAACGUGGCAGCCCCACGGCUGCCGAUACUCUGCGCUGGCCAAGCCUGAGCUCCAGCGCUGCGUGGAGGGCAGAAGGAUUCUUUUUAUAGGUGACUCCACAAACAGAGGGAUGAUGUACUAUCUAAUAGAAAGAGUGAAUAAGACUCUUCAGGAAUGGCAAAAGACUCACGACGUGAAGUGUUAUCAUAACAUCAAUGAAGGGAAAACAUUUAUCAGUUACUCCUACUAUCCCCAGUUUUGGAUGAAUGCAAGCCAGAGACCAACUUUUGAAAAAGCACUAGAACAACUGCUGCACAGAUCACGUCCCCUGGAGAACACAGACCAGACCGUAUUAAUUGUAGGUGGUGUUCAGUGGCUUAAUUCUAAUCACCUGCAAAUUAUCCAAAAGGUGUUGAACAGGGAAAAUCUAUCAAAUAUCCUGGUAAUUAUAAAAUCCAUAGGAAUGGGUUUUCACCUCCCAGUGGAUGGAAUACAUUCUCUAUCACAGGCAGAAGUGCAAAACUUGUGGAAUGAAAACUUGGUCAUUCUGGAUACAGCAAAAAAAUUUGGCUACGAAGUUGUUGACACCUUUGUCAUCACCAUGGGACGUUACAAAGAAUUCCUGCAAGGGAAGUGUGGCUGCCAUUUCCAUGAGGUGGUAAAAUCCAAUCCCUCUGGAGAAAGUCCUCACAGAACAAUGACGUUACCAAGGCACUAUAUGCUGGGGAAAUAUUUCAGCAGUCAAAGCAAACCAUCACAACUGCAGGACUCUGCAACAGAUUCCCAGUCCCCAUAUCAUGUCCGAGGUCCAAUAAAUGAAGUGUAUUCUGAAAUCCUCCUCAGCAGGCUCUGUGCAAGUAAGAGGGAGCUUGUUAGCACAUAGCCUUUCUUGGCUGAACACUGGGACUAGAGAUGUCCCACUGCCUGAGUGACAAUCAGAGGACCACAGUGAAUUUAUGAUACACUUCCUUGAUUGGAUGCACACGCACCAACAGAGUUUGGGACAUGUGACAUUUCUCCUAAAACUUUAUGAAAUCAAGAUAUGCCUGGACAACUCUGUGAAGCCAAAAUGGAAGACGGAGGGAUGCAAAGGAGAGACGAGGGAAGUUACUUGAACUGUUGCCAAAGACUGGAGCAGCUGUAGCUCAAGCAACUGUGUAUUAAUGAUAGGAAAGAGGGAGAAGUAUAUACACUUGAACGAUUGCGAAAGGACUGCCUUAGCUCUUCUGCACUAUGUAGUUUUCUAUUUAUAGAAACACUGUAAUAUUUGAAUGUAUUUAGAAACUGGCUACAUUCCAUUUUAAGGAGUUUUAUUUUAUGUGGAUGCAUUCACUUCACUAUCAGACCUUUUAUAUUUAGAUACUUGGUUUAUAUAAUUUGAAAAUUCUAUUAGCAUUUUACUGAUGACGCCAAGUUUUGAACUCUAGUGUUUUGAGUGAAAGGACAUCCCUUCUUUGACGGAACAAAUGUCUACUCUAUUUUUUGUGUAUUCUAAAGCAGAUGUAGAGGUAGAUUACUUAUUCUUGAGACUGAUAUAAUUGUCUCGAUGUAACAUGUAAAUACAGUGAAUAUCCUAACAUAACCUUAUUUAUGUGGUCCCAGUUUAGGAGAGUCACCAUAUGCUGGAAGACUUCUUAGAUAGCUGCUUCAGCAUCUGGCUUGGCCUAUAAGCCAAGCAAAUAUUCUUCCUGCAUGGAAGUGCCACUUCUUUUGUGGUUUUUUUUAUAAAAUACUUGCCAAUGUGUUAAGCCUGUACCAAAACACAAGAAAAAUCCCCUUUGCAAAUACACAUAAAGACUUUGGGGUCUGGUUUUUAAUGUCAUGACAAGUGUAUGAUGCAAUGUGAUGGCAGCAGAUUAUACUGCCUGUAUCUCGUUCUUGGCAGGGACAAGACCUUCUCUGAACAGUAGCUUCAUGCAGUAGCCCAGCUGCAUCAUUGAUGUUUGCAGACCUAGUCUAGGUGAAACCCCAGGGAGAGGCUUCACCACUGAAGGGGGGAAGUGUCUGCUGAUCCCCCACCACAAUGUUGACAGCACAUUCAUUCCCAGCCAUGGCGCCCCGAUGGAAAACAUGGUCCAGGCUUAGCAGCUGGGUGAUAGGUUAACGGUGACAGAGAGCAAAGCCCCUGGAUCCACACAGUCAGUAUCCCCAGCUAAAAUAUAGUGAAUUCUUCCUCCUUCAGAGAAGAUACAUGCAAAUAUGGUGGGGAACUGUCAUGCACUGUGGAGUUUGGCCUCCCUAGAUGGUCAGAAUAUCCUCAAAAAGAGGAUCUGGCAUAUAUGAUUCAGGAGACUUUCCACUAUAUUGACCAAGCGCCUAAUUUAAACAAUGACAUUACAUUUAGUGAGACAGUGUGAAUAUUUCUGUUUCUCUAUAAUAUGCUGCUGCUGUGCUUACAGUAAAUAUCCCUGAAUUUCUUUGUAAGGUUUUCUCUGGAAUGGAGCUUUACAUGAAAGAUGGGUCAAGAACUGUGCAUAAAUACUGAAAAUGUCAGUAUUUGGUUUUGAGCAAUAUGAUUAUCUAAGAAAUAUAAUUGUAUGCAAAUUAUGUAAUAUAUAAUCUUGAGUCUGGAACUCCAGGGCUGCAAAACCUAAAAGUUGAAGGAUUUAAUAUCAUGCCAUUUAUGUCACUAGAUACAAAAUGCAAUCAGAUGUCUUAGGUAUUAAGAAGAUCAAUUAUAGAUGUAUUACAAUUCUGCUUCUGUGAAGACUUUUUUGGAGCUCACUUAAAUCCACAUGCUGUUACUGUUGUUCUGUACACAAAUGUUUUCAAGGCAUGAACUGGGUUUUUAUUUUUUGUUUGGGCUGGUUGUUGUUUUUGUUUGUUUGUUUGUUUAUUUGUUUUUUUUUUAUUAAAGCCUAUUGCUGAAGCAUAAGCUACAAUGAUGAAAAGGAAAACACUGACUUUGUUAUAUUGCAGCUGGUAUCGGCGAAUGUGCAAUUCAUCGCUUCUGGUUUCACCACAAAAUAGUUUACAUGUGCUAUACACCCUGAUGUCUUAAUGUUUUCCAAAUCUUCAUAUUUUUCAAAUGUAUCAAGUUGAAAUUUUCCUAUGUGUUUUCUGUUUUUCACAUGUCUAUGUACAUAUAUAUGUCUGUACAAAGUCAUUGCUACAGUUUUCAAAUGGAUCUUUAUUUAAAGAAGUUCAUUGAAUAAGUUUUUUCCAACACUAUAUAUCAUCCAUUUAAUCUUAAGAACAAAGGCACUGCAGACUAGAACAGGUACCAAAGCAUGUUUUUCAUUAUUCAACUUUAAAAUAGGUUUAGAAUCUCUAGCUAUUUGAAAGAGUAGAGUUGAGAUUCACAUGGAAGCAUUGCUCACUCAUGCACAUGAACAGUUACAGAUUAAGACAAUAAAAAAACUAUUAUGUUUGAACUCCA